UCAUUAUCGCUUCUCCGUUGUUGGAUUUAGGAUCGUCAUUCCCGCGGCCGCGAUUUCUUCGUUCGUUGUUACCAUGGUCUGAAGAAGAAGAAGAAGGUUAUCAUCAUAUCUGCUCGCGGCCUUUUCUCUCUCCGCCGUCUCUUCUUCCCUUCAAGGGAAAAUUCUACGUUAGUAGUGUUUUGAUUAUCCAUGGAGACAGAUGAUUUGAUUGCUCUCCCUACCUCAAUCGAUUCUGAUGGUGGAACUGGAAAUGAAGUCAUUGCUAAUCCCGGUUUUGAGCACGUUGAUGUUGGAACUGAUAACAUAGGAAGUGGAAAUGAAGAUGGAGAAAUUUUACUUACUGCUGAUACAACCAGCAAUCUCAAUUCCACUUCUUUAGAUGUUAAUUCUGGAACGAAUGAGACCAUGGCAGUUGCAGAAAAUGUCGAUCUCGCCUGCAAUAUAACACAGGCUAAAGAUGCUAGUCUAAUACCGUUGCUUGAUACUUCUGACAAUGGAAAACUGGAUUUAUCUGAAGCACUUGCUGAAAAUGGUUGUCGGACUGCUAAAGAAGGCAGUCUUAAGAGAGAUGGAUGUGCUAUCAGCUAUGACGAAGGAGAAGAAAGUAAUAUCUCUAGUGUCAAGAAGGCCAAAAUUGUUCUACCACAACCUUCAGUGAAUGUAGCUUAUAGUUCCCUAACAAGAGAAAGUAAAGAGAAGCUUGAGGAACUACUGCUGAAAUGGUCACAAUGGCAUGAUCAGAAUUGCUCUUCAUUGCUUGACUCAGAUGAAUUUCUUGAAUCUGGUGACAAGACAUUUUUUCCUGCCUUGCGUGUUGCCCUAGAUAAGCCCUCUGGAGUGUCCUUCUGGAUAGAUAACCAAUCAACGACCCAACAAAGCAAUGAGCUUUAUAUGAUAAAUAGUGACUCUGUUCCACUUUAUGAUCGUGGAUAUUCCUUGGCUCUGAAUUCCUCUGAUGGUUAUGGUAACCUGGAAGUGAAAUCGGACGCAGUAGAUUCUUCACGAUGUUUCAAUUGUUCUUCCUAUGGACAUUCACUUAAAGACUGCCCAAAGCCACGAAACAACUCUGCUGUCAAUAAUGCUCGUAAACAACAUUUGGUUAAGCGAAACGCGAAUGCAAGCUCACGCAGUGCAAGUCGUUACUAUCAGAACUCUACUGGGGGGAAGUACGAUGGCUUAAGGCCUGGAGAUCUUAGUGCCGAGACACGAAAACUUCUUGGCCUUGGGGAACUUGAUCCACCUCCUUGGCUCAGAAGAAUGCGUGAACUUGGAUACCCACCUGGUUAUCUAGACCCAGACAUUGAGGAUCAACCAUCAGGAAUCACAAUAUUUGAUGAUGAUGAGAAGAUUAAAGAAGAAACGGAAGAUGGAGAAAUCUUUGAAAAUGGCUCGGGAUUCACUGAUGAACCUACUCCUCUUCCAAAGAAAAUGAGUAUUGAAUUUCCUGGAGUAAACUCUCCAAUCCCAGAAAAUGCAGACGAAUGGAAAUGGGGAGCUAGGGUUUCAAAUUUCGACUCAUCACAGGGUCAUAAUUCAUAUGAGCGAAAGCGGUCUAGAAAUAAUGAAGGAGGAGAUGAUGAAGGGUAUGAUCCAAAAUCUAGAUUCAACUCUCAUAGAGGAGGAGGAGGAGGCUACAAUUACGAUACUAAUAGCCCUAGGGAUGGAAGGUCUUUGUCUGAGAGUGGCAGAUGGAGUCCUUCAGCACGCGACCAAGAAGAUGAUGAAGAAGAAGAAGAAGAAGGGGAGUUGCAAAGAAGGAAAACUGCCACCCAAUAUGAUUAUGAUUACAAGGAUCGAGAUGAUGAUAGAUGGAACAGGUCUGAGUCUGUUAGGCAUAACGAUAGAUACGAUGGGCACCACAAUCGUAGGCGCAGGUAAAGAAAGAAAUGUUGCGUGGCUAAUAUGUGAUUUGAAAACUGUUGUGAUGGUUCGAAUUCGUAUUGAUUUUUUCGGUAAAUUCUGCUAAUGUUUUUGCCAUGUUUUGCUUUCGAAUAGUUCUGUUUUAGAACAAUGUUAGUAAUGACUAUCUCUAGACAUGUUCCUUUAAAAUAGACAUGGGAUGAAUUGAUGAAAGAACUUUGCUCGUCAUUAUUUGAUCAUUAGUAAGACAUGUUUCUAUUAAACUGUCCCUUAAUCUGGAUUUUGUUGUUGAUAUCAUUCUGAA